AUGUACACGGAAGUGCCGAGUACACAGACGUGCCGAGUACACGGAAGUGCCGUGUACACAGACGUGCCGAGUACACGGAAGUGCCAUGUACACGGAAGUGCCGAGUACACAGACGUGCCGAGUACACGGAAGUGCCGUGUACACAGACGUGCCGAGUACACAGACGUGCCGAGUACACAGACGUGCCGAGUACACAGAAGCGCCGAGUACACAGACGUGUCGAGUACACAGACGUGCCGAGUACACAGAAGUGCCGAGUACACAGACGUGCCGAGUACACAGACGUGCCGAGUACACGGAAGUGCCGUGUACACAGACGUGCCGAGUACACAGACGUGCCGAGUACACAGACGUGCCGAGUACACAGAAGCGCCGAGUACACAGACGUGUCGAGUACACAGACGUGCCGAGUACACAGAAGUGCCGAGUACACAGACGUGCCGAGUACACAGACGUGCCGAGUACACGGAAGCGCCGAGUACACAGACGUGUCGAGUACACGGACGUGCCGAGUACACAGACGUGCCGAGUACACAGAAGUGCCGAGUACACAGAAGUGCCGAGUACACAGAAGUGCCGAGUACACAGACGUGCCGAGUACACGGAAGUGCAGUGUACACAGAUGUGCCGAGUACACAGACGUGCCGUGUACACAGAAGCGCCGAGUACACAGACGUGCCGAGUACACAGACGUGCCGAGUACACAGACGUGCCGAGUACACAGAAGUGCCGAGUACACAGACGUGCCGAGUACACAGACGUGCCGAGUACACGGAAGUGCCGAGUACACAGAAGUGCCGAGUACACGGACGUGCCGAGUACACAGACGUGCCGAGUACACAGAAGCGCCGAGUACACAGACGUGUCGAGUACACAGACGUGCCGUGUACACAGAAGUGCCGAGUACACAGAAGCGCCGAGUACACAGACGUGCCGAGUACACAGACGUGCCGUAUAGCAAUGUGUACUGUUAUUAGCAGGCAGUAUUAAGCACUAGGUGAGAGAAGAGCUAAUAAAGCAGAAAAAGGCAGAGAAAAGAAAAUGGUGGGUCUGGGCUGAUGGGAGUUGUGAGAGAGGAAGCUGGGGGCUGGUGGGCAGACUUGCCGUUAGGAAAGGACCGCAGCUUCUGGAGGAGAGGGGGAAGUAGCCCCCCAAACCCUCACAGAGUCGCGUCAACGUCUCCAGGGACAAAUCAAGCCACCCUACAGAAAGUACACUUGUAUGGCCUGUUAAUGCUGAGGUCGAGCUAAUUAGAAGCCAUUUUGCAAUAUAAAAUCAAAUCAUUUUUACGUAUUUAAAAGCAAGAAGCAGAAGUGAAUGAUGCUUAAAAGAGGCAGACACAUAGUGUCUAAGAGCUCGAGCUCUGCAAUUAGACUGGCACAAGUUCAAAUCCCAGCUCUGCCAUUCACUAUUAUCCGAUCUGGGAAGGGCUACUUAGCCUUCUGGGUGGCUAGCUUCCUCUUCUGGAAAAUGGAAAUAAUCAUAGCUAUCUCACAGGUUAUUUUGAGUCUGAAGGGAGACGUGCUGUGGUAAUUGCUUUGCACAAUGCCUAGAAUAUUCUAAGGCACCAAUACCUGUCGCUGUUGCUUACUGCUUUCAUGAAAAGAGAGCGAAUACCUGUGCCUGACUUGAAAAGGGUAGUGUGGUAAAAUACAGAUGCAUUUUGCUUUAAUUGCUUUGUAUGAUAUUCGGGCUUAUAAAAGAUAACUUUUGAAUUUCUCUGCCAGCUCUGAACCCCCACAGCUAAGGAGCAGCGCCCUGUCCACGAGGCCCUCGCUGAACCAGAGCAUCUGCCUGUGCUCUGCAUGACAGUUAUCCACAAAAACAUCUCCCAACACUCAAUAAAAAACCAAGGAUUUUGAUGAUAAAAUUCAGUACUUGGGGAUGUUGAUUUUUGAUUGAUUAUUUUGACAUUUCAAGCUCAGAACCAGCAUUUGUGAAAUGGGUAUUGAUGGUGAAAAUUAAGUAGAAAAUUGGCAGUUAAAGAUUUUGCAAUUUUUUUUUCCAGUUAAUUCCUUUCUAAAUACAAUCUAUUCCUUUAAGAGUCUUGCUGUGAUGAUUUCUGCUAAUUUCUUUCUUGGUAGUUUCCAAUAAAUCAAACUUCACAGAUGACAAGAGACUAACAAAGUGAUAAAGGUGCACCUGUUCUUCCCUCAGAAACUGCUCAUUUGCCAGGUUUUUCCAGAGUACAGGUGAAGGCCCGAAUGUGAAAGUGUUCUGGUUAAAGAGCAAGUUCUUUGGGGUACAUGUACUUUGACAUUGGGGCAUUGAUUUGUACUCCGUAAAAAAAUUUGGAAGUGAGUAGGAGCUUAAAAUAAAAGCUGAAGAAAUAACAAAGAAACACUAGAAAAGAAAACAAGAAAAAACUCGGCCUCUGUGAAGUGCAAUGAAAUGAAGCAACAACAGAAAGAAGAAAUGACAAGUUGUGCCACCGUGAGUAACAAACCGCGGUGUUUCUCAGGAGUCGUUUUUGUAGAGUACGUUGGGGUACACCUUUCCUUUUACUCCUUCUAUUCACUCUGUCACAGUAUUAAAAUGAAAAGCUCAUUCAUUAGGCAUAAUGGGAAAGAAGGCUCAUCCUCUUUAUGGGGAAAAACUUAAAUGAGGGGUGUUAGUAUUUCAAGCAGCGCCAUCCGUAUUACAAAUAAAAACCUAACUAGGAGCAAGUGAUUUUUAAAUUCCUGUUCCAAGCAGGCAUCUAUCACUACAUUGCAAUGUGCCUCAAACCAAAUAAAACUUUAACACAGGAAGAUUGAUUGUGGGAUUUAAAAGCCAAAGAACGACCUGAAGAAUUCAUAAUGUGAUGAAGCUUUGCUUCCCGCUGCUGUUGAUUUCAGACCGACGACCCUUUCCCUCUCAGGUAAGUCCAAGGCAGUGUCUGAGCAGAGAAAUUACUCGGAAGGUUAUGUUCUGUGGGUAGCUUGGUAUUUGGUGUCAAAAUAUCCACUUUGAAAAUAGUGGAGAAUAAUGUUCAGCAGCACAGAAAAGCCCUUUAUGUUUCCCUUUUCACCUUAGAACUUAAUCCUUUAUCUAGCACUUGGCUGCUAAUUAUUUUAAGGACCAAGAACAGAGUAUGUGAAAGAUCUUGCUGUUGUAUUUGAAGGGGUUUCCCUUGGUUUUUCUUUUCUUUUUUCACACUUUUACUUUCUCCCCUUUUGGAAAAAGCUUACCUCUUUGUAAUUCAAGAGAGGUCUCAAUUCACCUUGAGAGGCAGCCAUAUAUUAUGAACCCAAACGCAUUGUUUCCCAAGUCAUAUCACUUGCUUAGCGCCCCUUACCAAUUGAGUACAAAGGUUUUCCUCCAGGAACUGUCAGCUGUCAUGUAUCUCUUUUGCAGAGUAAGUGGGUCUUUCUCCUCAGGAAGAAUUUACCGGCUUCAAUACGUGUGACUUCUUGUCUGAAUCCCCCACGCUGAGUUCUUGUGUUCUCUUCCCCCACAGGUCAUGUCCUACACAGCAUCCCCACUGUGCUGGGUCAGCAGAAACAUAGGAUGACCAUAUUUGUUCAUCAUUAUUUCCCUAAACCUAGAGAAAAUAAGAUCACUAUUGAUUUCCCCCUCAGGUUCCCUCUACAAACCAUGUUGUCUGACCUACAGAGUAAGUAUUCGUUUCUGACUCCUUAGGCGUGUGUCAGAGGUGAAGAUGGCUUCUCUGCUUUUCGGUUUGGGCAGGGCACGACUGAAUAGUGAACAUGAUACGGAGAACGGCUGAUUCAAUCACCUCAUUUCUUCUAGUGAGUCACAUUGAGACUAUUUAAGGAUGUACAAGAUCAAGGAUCCAUUAGACCUUUUUAUUUUGUGUAACUUUUGUGGGUUUUCUUAGAAUUCUGAAAGUGCCGUGCCUUCUUUUAAAAAUUAAAUUAAAUUGACUAAAAAGAGAAAGAAAAGGAGCCUGCAUUUUCUGGGGUUUCCCCAGAGGCUUUUUAUCUGUUUAAACCAACCAGGGAUUUUUCACAUAUUGACAUAAGCAUUCAUUUGCUGAUUUGUUGGAUAUUAAACUUCAUGGAGUCUUCCCCAGAAUCUUGAACGAAGCUGAAAUACUUGGGUCCUUAGAGCUGCUUGAGUCCGGCAUCGUUCCCUGAACACAUAUGGUUUUUCCUCCUCUGUCUCCCUAGAUAAAAGUCAGUGCUGAUCGCCUUAAGGAAAGAAUGAGUUAAAUGGACCAAUAUUCUGGGCCUGGAUCUAAAAAUCCCGGCCUUUUCAGAGGCCCUUUAGCAUCUGCAGCAGCCAGGUCAUUUGCACAUACAUAAAUAAAUAAAUUAACAAUGAAUAAAUAAUCUAAUCCCAGCCACACAAUGCCACCUUGCAGAUUUGAUCCUGCGCAGCGCCCAGGGAAUUUGUCCAUUUCUAAUUCUUUUUCAUAAAGUCCUCAGAUUCUUGCUGACUGUCAGGCUCAUUUUCUUAUUGUUUUCGCUUGAUUCGUUCUGUAUGACCCAAGGUCGCCCUUAAAAUCCACAUCGCUCGUGAAGACUCCAAAAGGCCUUCUUUUUAGAAGCCCCCUACCAAGAAAAGGAUGGAAAGUGCCUGCGGUUUCUCCACACAAAAGCGGGGCAGGUUUUCGUCUAGCCUCCUGAAGCAGCCCUUCGUUCAUCCAAGCGCAAAAAUAACUCAUUAGGGGCUACCGUGCUUUUGGAGCCUCUUUAUCCAGUGCACUUGGGUGUGCCUGUGUCAGGUCUCCCGGGUCCUGGAGGAGCUGGGCCAUCUCCCCUUUAACCCUGCGGGGCCACCCGUCAGUGACAGCACCAGGCCCCGCACCUGCCCACCCAUACUCAGUGCCUGAGGCUAUUUUUUCCUAGUCUUCUGAAAAGAUGCUGGAGAGGAAUGGAGGAGGGUUGCUUUUUUUUCUUUUUAAAAGCUGGCUGGGGCCGGGUGCGGUGGCUCACUCCUGUAAUCCCAGCACUUUGGGAGGCCAAGGCGGGUGGAUCACAAGGUCAGGAGCUCAAGAUCAGCCUGGCCAACAUGGUGAAACCCUGUCUCUACUAAAAAUACAAAAAUUAGCUGGGCAUGGUGAUGGGGGCCUGUAGUCUCAGCUACUCAGGAGGCUGAGGCAGGAGAAUCGCUUGAACCUGGGAGGUGGAGGUUGCACUGAGCUGAGAUCGUGCCGUUGCACUCCAACCUAGACGACAGAGGGAGACUCCAUCUCAAAAAAAAAAAAAAAGCUGGCUGGGAGGUUGCUGUCUGUCCCUCAUUCUCAGGCUGUACACUCACUUGAGGCUGUGGGUCCAGGGACGGGAACGCUGUCUAAUUCUCCAGUCUCCGUGUUUCCAGGUCGGGGCUGGGCCUCACCUUAUCCCGUGGAGGCUCCUCACACAGUAUCAGCUCUGCUCACUCACUGGCCAUUCUCUUCUGUACUAGAAGGUCAGCUUUUCCUUGAAUGGGAAAAGAAGUGACACUUUGUGUUGGCUCAAUAAAUAGACUUAAUUAAUGGGAACCAAAUUCCUCACUUCUGCUUUUAUUGAAAAAACCACAAAGACUGUUUAGACCAACUGUUCAGUGUCCUUCAACAGUUCUGAUAGCGUGUUCCACUGCUGACUGUCACGUCUUUUGGAAUUUCAAGAUUUUCUUUGUAACUUUUUUCCUUUUUUCUUCUGGUCCAUCAAAUAAAACCCUGCUGUAUUACAUGGAGUCUUGCAAUUGUUACGUUCUAGCAGCAGUGAAUCUCUCGAGUACCCAAGGAAGAUGCUAAUGAAAAUUUUGGUACCACCUGAAAGUUUGAAAAGCAAUUUUCCAGGAGGACAAAUUCCGUAGGCUGAGUUGCCAAAGCCCUCCAAGAAUUUGGGGCCAUCACCAGAAUCUGAAAAACGUAACUAGUCUUGACCACAGUGCAGAUACUCUUGUUAACGAGCACCCCAGCUCGGGAAGCUCAGGAAGAGCACAUGGCGUGUGAUACGCGGGGGGUGAGCUCUGGCCACAGUGGCGUUUCCAGUGUCCAGGACAUUCCAGCUCAAACAAGCCCUUCAGGCAUCAGGCACCAGAAGGCAUGGAUUUACACCUGUCACCUCUGAACCGUUAAAAAAAAGUCUUGCAGCCUUCAAAAGAUUGAUGAUCUUGGGAUAGUAACGGAAAGAGGAAUGCAGCUUCAAGUGCUCGUCUCACCAUUUCGUGUCCAAUGCUUACUAGUCUUCCACAGUCAUGCUGGAUGCUCUGCGAGGGUCUGGCACUCAGGACAGUCAACGUUUUAUAUUACUGAGGAAGGAAGGGGGCUUGCUGAAAUGAUUCUCCCUGUCUUUUCAGGACAGGGUUAUCCAGUCUUUGUGAUGAGACAUCUCUGUUGGAUGUGCUUGAGCUUUGCGAAGAGAAAUUUGUGAAAACACAGAAGCCUCUGCACUCCCAGAGAGACUGUGGCAAAGAGAGCACAGAAAUGGUGAAACUGCUGUGAAGGGAACACCUGCUGUCAGAGCAGCAACACUAGCCUUUCCUACUUUUGGGAAUUAGAAAAUAUUUCAAAUGUACAGGAAAAUAUACAGCAUGAUACAGCAGGUGCUCAUUCACCUAUUACCUAGAUUCAGUGACGACAGCAUUUUGCCAAAUUUGCUUUAGCUCUUUUCUUUCUAAGAAAUCAAACUUGACAGGUGCAGCUGAAACCUCUUUGCUUCCUGCCUGGUCACACACCCUUUUAUGUCUCACCAGGAUCACUCCCAAGAUCACUGCAGUUCUUAAGGAAUCUUUACUUCCAUUCUCCUCGUCUCCAUAACUGGCCUACUGGGAUGAAAAUACAACCCCGAUUUUGUAAACAUAUCAUACAUUCAGGCACACACGUGUACACACAGGGGUAGAGCAGAGUGAACAUGGUACAUGGAAAGGUCAGCAGUUGAUUUUGAUAAAAUUUGGGGAUUUUUUUUCUUUGCACUUGUAUGUAUCUUCUACAUGUUCUCAUUGAUCAUAUAUUUAAGUAAUGAUGAGUAAUGAUAAAGUAACAUAAAGAUUAGUGACAAAAUGUUGUUAAAUGAAAACAUCCUUUACUAUAUGCAGAAAUAAGCGUAUGUGGCAUUUGUGAGAAGUACGCUAAGGUUCUUCAAAUUCCCAUCAUAGCAGAGCACGCAGUGUCAGUGAGGUCCUACUCUUAACCUCCUGGUCGCUUCCUCAGCCAGAAGGCAAAAAUCAGUAAGAAAACAAUCAGGCAUAGACAGACUGACAAUGGAUAUCUAAUGAGCUUUUAGGAGGUGAUCACCACUGACUUCGACACUCUGUAAAGCUGUUAUAUCAGGCAAGACCUGGAGUGUGGAAACACGCAUCUCAUAACGAACAGCAGCGUCCGGCCACACAUAUUCCCCAGUCCCGGUUCACUGGUGUGGACUAGGGGAUACGUGGUUGUACAGCUGUACAACCAUGCACAGCAGUUCUGCAGUCCAGCCUCUCUCGUGGUUCUUCAGAAAUGGCCCCAUGCGCUCCGGCCUCUUACAUUGGAAUAGACCUGAGGCCUGGGCCUGAGCUCUGGGAAAACAGGCUGAACGGUCCCCCCGAUCUGCUUUGGUUUCGCUGUUCAACUGCCCAAACUUGGUGAAAGGAGAGUCCAUCAGUCCGGUUUAGCUGGCACAAGCUCUGCGUUGGGAGUUAGGGUUGAAUCUUCCGCUUUUUAGAAGUGCUCACUUGCUGUGUUUCACCAUCUCGUCCAUGUGUCCUUCAGAAUCUCUUGAAAAUGGGCGGUCUAAAGGGCCAGGGUAUUCCGGUUGGUCGUUUCAUUUCUUAGCAGACCCAGCGUCUCAACAUUCAUCAUCACUGAACACCCAGUUAGACAUAACUUACCUCAAGGCCUUUUACCUCAGCAGAAUAAAUAUUUCAUCCAUUCUUAAGUGAAUGAGAAAAUGCCUGCCCUUGGGGGCCAGAGUGAACGGCAGUGUCCUGAUCCAUCCCUCCCAAAGGGAGAGAGUGAGUACGGAGAGCCCUCUGUGCUCUUCCGGAGGCCGACAGCUUUGAACCUGUGAGUCCUUUCCUGAACCUCAUUCCACAGUGACAAGGGAACAGUUAGCACAUUCUUGCAUGAGAAUCCUGAGCACUGGAGAAUCAUUCUGCACAGCCCUUAUACCUGUGUUGUGUGGGAAUGAAUAGCUAGGAUUGCCGUCGGGUUUGUUAUUCAGCUGGUGGUUGGUGUGGUCCAUAACAAGGACUUCUAGCACAUGAGACGAGCCUAACAGAAGCCAUCUUUGUCGGAUACUGUUUAUGUUACUGACCUAUAUGCUAGGAGGAGACAGCCAUCCAACUUACUAGACUUAGCAAUCUUAGGGCUACCCUUCCUUCCUGUGAAUUUACUGCUUGUUGGCUGGGUGGGGUGGCUCCUGCCUAUAAUCCUAGCACUUCAGGAGGCCAAGGUGGGUGGAUCACCUGAGGUCAGGAGUUCAAGACCAGCCUGAUCAUCAUGGUGAAACCCCAUCUUUAAAAAAAUAAAAGGAAAAAAAGACAGAGAAUUUACUGCUUGUUUUAUUAAGACUUUAUGUUGUUGUCAAGUAAGUUUCUAUCACCAAGGGACAUUUCAAAUUCCAUCAGCUCUCCCUUCAUAGUUCUUUGAAGGACUUAACCAUAUACUGGUAUGAGCCAUCUAGUUCUAAAAUUAGGCAAAAAUCUAGGCCCCUUAAGCACGUAGAUCCUUCAUGUUUCACGUGGUUAAAUAGAACUGCUGGGUGGAUGCUUGCGUUGCCACAGUUCUUUUCCCUUUCUCAUUUCUUUUUUUUUGAGACAAGUCUCACUUUGCCGCCCAGGCUGGAGUGCAGUGGUGCCAGUAUAGCUCACUGCAGCCUCGACCUCCUGGGCACAAGUGAUCCUCCUGCCUCAGCCUCCCAAGUAGCUGGGACUACAGGUGCAAGCUACCAUACCCAGCUAAGUUUUACGGUUUUUGUAGAGAUGGGGUUUAGCCAUGUUGCCCAGGCUGGUCUUGAACUCCUAGGCUCAAGUGAUCUGCCCACCUCUGCCUCCCAAAGUGCUGGGAUUACAGGCUUGAGCCGCUGCACCUGGCCAGAGUUGUAAGUGUUAGCUCUUAGAAGAAAACUAAGGAUCAUCUAAUUUAAACCCCUCAUUUUAGUGAAGAGGAAAUAAGUUCCCAGCAAGUUGGCAUGACUUAGCUCUACUAACUCACCGUAACACUUAGUCAGAUCAACAUUCUAGAAAAAGGAAUACACAAUAUUUAAUUUUUGGCCCAGUAUAUUGAUAUGAAGUCAUCCGCCAGCUGCGUUGACUUCUUGGGUUGUUCUAAAUUCUUCAAGAUCACUAUAAUUUGGAGUUUCUGAUCAUUUUAAUAUUUUAAGUAACACAUACAAAUUUGAAUCUAGUUCUGAGAUUCCUCUUAUUACACCUGAAUUGAAGUGUCCAGACAAAGAAGAGUCAAUGGCAUAAAACAGCUAGUAGCAUAGUUCGACACAGUCACACGUCUGUCCUAGGUCUUUCACAAUUCCACCUCUCAUUGUCCCUUUACGGUUAACACUCACAAUAUUUUAUUUAAAGUUUUGAUAUUCAUCCCGAAAUGACGUGAGGAGAGAGCUGUAUUCUUUGGGAGACACUGAUCACAAACCAAGACAAGACCCUGAACUUCAGGCACUUUGUAAGGCAUUGUGGCCACUCACCAAAAUCUGUUUUCCCGAUGCCAAAAUGAGCCACUCCAGGGGAGGUGACAACUAUUUCCAGAUGUGUUCUAAGAUGCUCAUCUGUGAUUCAGACAUACUUGUAGACAGAGGAGGGGCAAAGGUAAGAUCUCACAUCCCACCCUACCCCUGGCAAGCUCAUCAGCAGCCCGAGUCCCUGUGUGUGGUUAUCCGGGACUUCACAGCUUGCCUUUCCAUUAGGCCUCAGAAUGAGAGCUGUUGAUGACUCGUUAAAGCUAACCUUUGAUUCCUGUGCCCCAGGUUAAGGUUCAAAGGACAGCACAGCAAGCGGUACCAGUGUCACUUGUGAUUUCUCCCCAACAAGAAGUGCUCUUCUGUUCCUCUUAGGCCACUCUGUCCUCACAGGGAGUGACUUCUUAUCCUGUCCCUAAAAACUCAAGAUAUAGACCCUGGACCUCUCAUUCUUCCUCCUCAGUGACAAAGGUCUAUAUUUCAUAUAUUUUUUAAACUACUCUAUGGUUUAUAACCUAACUUACAAAAUACUAUUUAAGUUGUUCUCCAAAACAAUUUCACUGAAUAUUUAAAAAACACGUUUAGAAAACUUAAGCACUGUAGUUUUAAGCCAGCUGUCUAAUGAUUUAGUUUGGACACAUGAGAAAGAGAUGGCGAAGAAUCAAGAGCAGUGAUGGGGCCCCAGGGGUGGGCACCCAGGGGUGCACUGGACUCUUAGGGUGGUCAGGAUAGUCUGAGAGGUGGCUUCAGAGGUCUGGAUUAAGUGUUAGUUUGUCAGUCCUUUAUUAUAAAAUGGAUCGUGUUCAUUUCCACCUCUCAUUAGAAGGCGCUCGCGCGCGCGUGUGUGUGGCUGUGUGUGCACGCGCGCGCUUCCACUUCCUUUUCCCUUCGAAUUUCUCCUUGGUUCUGUUAAGUGUAUAUUUAACGCAGUGUUUUUGGAGGGGGUGGGGUGGCGAGUAAUAGCUGCCUUAAAAACCUCAUGAGCUCCCCCUGCUGUUUUGCAGCUGACAAUACAAGUCCCUCUAUUUUAAU